GGUCGCGAAGCGUUUGUGGACGGCGUUCGAAUUUGGAAGAAUCCCUACUACCCUUUGGUCGUCAGAAAAAUGUCGUACCUUCCUGACCUUUUCAAGUACAUCGAUGAGCAUCAGGAGUUGUACAUCAAACGUCUUGCAGAAUGGGUGGCCAUUCAGAGUGUAUCCACAACACCAGAGAAGAGGGCUGAAACCACAGCGAUGGUAAAGUUUGUUGCCAAAGAGGUAGAGCGACUGGGUGGAACAGUGGAACUUGCCGAUAUUGGGCAACAGACGCUCCCUGAUGGAAGUCAGAUUCCUCUUCCACCAAUCCUAUUGGCCACACUGGGCAAUGAUCCAAAAAAGAAGACUGUGUGCAUUUAUGGACACUUGGAUGUUCAACCUGCCAAAAUUGAGGAUGGCUGGAACACUGACCCCUUUACCUUGGUGGAAAAAGAUGGGAAGCUGUAUGGGAGGGGCUCCACUGAUGACAAAGGUCCUGUGUUGGCGUGGCUGAACUGCAUUGAAGCUUUUCAGAAAAUAAAGCAGGAACUGCCGAUCAAUCUCGUGUUCUGCUUGGAAGGUAUGGAGGAAUCUGGCUCAGAAGGUCUUGAUGAAUUGGUGUUUGCUCGUAAAGACACCUUCUUCAAGGGUGUGGAUUUUAUUUGCAUUUCUGAUAACUACUGGCUUGGGAAAAGCAAACCAUGCAUAACGUAUGGCCUCCGUGGUAUCUGCUAUUUCUAUGUGGAGGUGACUGGUUCUGAUAAGGAUCUUCACUCUGGUGUCUUUGGUGGUACAAUACAUGAAGCUAUGACAGACCUGAUCACUUUAAUGGGCAAGUUGGUGGACAAAAAUGGAAAGAUCCUCGUUCCUGGGAUCUAUGACUCCGUGGCACCGCUCGAAGAUGAGGAGAAGCACCUGUAUCAAAAAAUAGACUUUGACGUGGAUGAAUACUGCAAGGAUGUGGGAGCCUGUCAGCUGUUGCACAGCACUAAGGAGGAAAUUCUGAUGCAUCGCUGGAGGUAUCCAUCCCUAUCUCUGCAUGGAAUUGAAGGAGCUUUCGAUGGGCCAGGAUCCAAAACUGUCAUUCCUAGGAAAGUGAUUGGGAAGUUUUCUAUUCGUUUGGUACCAAACAUGGAUCCAAAGGUGGUUGAGAAACAGGUUGUGGAUUACUUGACUAAAGCAUUUGCUGAACAUGGCAGCCCCAACAAGCUGAAGGUGGAAAUGGGUCAUGGGGCAAAGGCCUGGCUCUCAGACUAUAACCACCCCCACUAUAGAGCUGGCAGAAAUGCCACCAAAACAGUGUUUGGAGUUGACCCGGACAUGACGAGAGAAGGCGGAAGCAUCCCCGUAACUUUGACUUUCCAGGAAGCUACAGGAAAAAAUGUUAUGCUGCUGCCGAUGGGAGCUGCAGAUGAUGGCGCUCAUUCACAAAAUGAGAAAAUCAACCGGACCAACUACAUUCAAGGAAUCAAGCUUGUUUGUGCUUACUUCCAUGAAGUUUCUUGUUUGGAUUGACAGCUGCCUUGGAAUGGAUGUUUGGAUUACUGAAGCCAUCUGCAAAGCAUAGGAUUCCUUCUGAUUUGUAUACUGUACAGAGGCAACUAUUAGAAACAGUUAUAUCACAUUGUAAUGGUGUUUUCAAUUAACCUGUAAAGUUGAGAGAAAAAUGAUUUUUUUAAUUAAUCUUUGAGAAAACAAAGUUUCCACGCCCAUAUUUCAUGCAAAUGUUCAUUAGUCCAAGAACAGUCUUCUUGGACUAAUGAACAAUAUGCUUGUAGUAGACAGCCAGGAUUAUUUUCUGUGAUUUCAUUUUUUUUUCAGGUAAUAUUUGCCCCAGUUCUAGGGCAGUGGCAUCAUAAAGUACUAUUUGUCCUCAAUUUUAAGUUUUGAAAAUUGUCAAAGCCUUAACAUUUCUGGAGUGAAAACAAACUUUGAAAUCAUAGGCUCUUGAGUUGCUCACCUCCUCUCCUUCCCCCACAUAUCAAAUUUGAAAAUUUGUGUAAAAUGCUGAUCCAUUAGAAUUAAAAUGCUCAACUGUGUUUUGCCCCCACUCUUUAGGUCUCUCCAGCCUAAUGUUUCUUAAAUCUGAAGCUGGAACUGUAAGAGCAUUUUGUAUAAGUUUGGAAAUGGGUGAACUCCGUGUUGUAGACCAGGCUGCAGACUUGUGACCUGGUGAAAAGGAAGAAAGGCUCUUUUGGUAAUUGGUGAGAUUAAGAUAGACGGGUACCAGAUUUAAUCCUUAAGUAAAUUUAUCUGAUUUAUCUGAACUCAACCAGAGCAAUGGUAGGAUUGGGGCAAUGGUCACAUUGAUUACAAAAAUAUUCUUGUAGGAAUGUAUAUUGAGGACUAGCUGGAGGAAUCAGGUUUAUUUUUACAGUGGUUAGGAAAGUACCAUCUGGUUGGUGACAUUUAUUUGAGGGCUAAAAACAGGCAUGAAUCUUAUUCAUGAUCACAAUCCAAUGACCCCAAACUUUAAAGUGGCUGUGUAUUCAGCGCUUUGGGAUGUCCUCCCGACAUGAAAAGCGCUCUAUAAAUGUAAUUUUGUUGUUGUUGUUGUGUGGAUAUCAAACAAGGAGCAGAUUGGUUUGUUCUCUGAUGUUCCCUGCAGCUGACUCUUAACACUCUUCCCAAAUUCUUACGCAAAGAUCAGCCACAUACUUACUGGGGUUACGAGGAUAACUGACGGUUAUCUAAUCCAAGGUAAUGCUUGAGGGAGGGAGAAAGCCAGGAAGAACCUUUCCUGAGAAAUUUAAGAUGAAUUAGACAGAAUCCUCUCAGAUUUAAAACUGAGAAGCAUUUAAAAAAGAAAUCAGAAACCUGAGUUAAAUUCUUCAUUCUACCCCAGGAGUCUUUGAGGUCAGUUGUCUGGGGCAGCAAAUCUCUAUAUUAAUUAGUUAUUCUCUUCACGAGUGUCUGGAGGGACCCUGCUAGUGUGAAUGUCUCCUUCAUUUGCCUUCACAAUCUAUCGCUGGUAAUAAAUAAUAACUUGUGAACCACCGAGUUGUUUUUCAAUGAUGGACAAAUGUUAUAAAAAUGCAAGUUUACUUUAGCACCCUUAGUUUUCCCCCAACUAACACUUGUGAUCCAUUUGGAGGUUGUGUGGGUUUUAAACAGUGUAUUUUGUACAAUUGAUCAUGUUAAUCCUAGAUACUUGAUGUACCUACCCCAUAGCUUUUCUGUUGGAUGAUGCACUAUAGCUCUAUUCAGAGUUGCGUAACCAAAGCCUCAAUUAAACCAAAAGAUUCCACAUUCGCCCGUUUCCUUGUGCCUAGAUUGCUUAUUUUAUGUAAGACUUCUACAAAAUUCAUAAACAAGAAAACAUCAAGCCUACUGCCAAAAACAAAAAAUUAUUUUUGCAUUACUGUAUUGCUCUGAUCUAGAUUGUGUAUGGCGUACAGGCAAAUAGCCAGAAUCGAGAAAUGUUGCUGAACGAAUUUCAAAUGAAGGAGUCUGGAGGUUGAGAUUCAGAUUUAUUCUGAUUUUCAAUGGAUGUUAUUCAAUUUAAGUCAAAUAAUAGCAGAACGGAUGACAAAAAUUUCCCAUCAAAUAAAUUUCUGGGCUGAUCAAGUGCUUCCUUUAAACUAGCUUGUGAGCUCUUCAUUUGCAUCUGCUCUGUGAUAUACCUAAUGUCAGGUGGACAGUAGGUGCCAAAAGUAGAAAUGUGUUAAAAAGUUCCCAAUGCCCCUGCACUUGGCUGCCCUGAAGCAUUUCCCUUCCUCAGAGGAACUUUUGUGCCUCAUUAAGUGUCUGAUCGCCUCUCCAUAAUCGUCCACCGAGAGGACGGUAAAAGGAACUGUACCACAGGUUAUCAACAGCAAACAGAUAGACCAGUUUCCAUGGCACUCAGGAUUCUUCAGUACUUGGAUAUAAUCAGGCAGCCAAGUCUGGAGCACUCAGCAACACUUUGAGUGGUGAACGUUCAGUCUUGGAUGUCUUCUGAUUAGAUCCAGCACUGAAAAGAUGUCAAUUGUGCAUUUUUUUAAAAAACCAUACAAGACUCUUCAGAUCAUGUAUAUGCAAUUGUUGAGAAUGGUUAGGCUUGUUUAAAUUGCCCUGAGUAUAUAAAGCUGGAAACUCGUUUCUAAAUGGUGUAUUAAGAAUCUGUCAGGCAUUUGCUGAUUAAAAUUAACUUGGUUAAUAAAGGUUUUAUUAAUGCUAA